AUGUCCCAGCGGCACUCGGACAGCUCUUUGGACAAGAAGCUCCUGGAAUACCGCUUCCAUGCAGAGUUGCGGCUCGAUGCCAACGGCAACCCAGCAUCUGGGCUCCCCAUGGUCCGGGACUCCCUGCAGGUCAGGGACAGAACCACUUUCCAACCAGAGGCCUCAGCACCACCAAAAGACAUAGAGCCACCACAGCCCGUUAUCCUGAGUACAGAGAGCCCCGCCGCCCUCAAGAUGGGCACGCAACAGCUGAUCCCCAAGAGCCUGGCCGUGCACAGCAGGGCAAAGGCACCAGCCCGCCACCAGAGCUUCGGGGCGGCCAUACUCAGCAAGGAGGUGGCCCGGCGGAAUCCUCGGCUCCUCCCGAGCCCCAGCUUCUCCCGGGAUGACAUGGAUGUAGACACAGACUGGGGGAAUCUGAAGCGGAACCUACGGAACCAAUCCUACCGGGCAGCCAUGAAGGGCCCAGGGACGCCGGGCGGCGAGGGGGACCCCACCCAGCUCACCCCACGGCUUCAGGCGCUGGCCGAAGAGCACAACCAUCCCCCGCCUCGGUCCCCCGCCAAACACAAGAAGAUGCUGGGGCGGAAACGCGCACACAAGGGCUCCUUCAAGGAUGAUCCCCAGCUCUACCAGGAGAUCCGGGAGCGGGGCCUGAACACCAGCCACGAGUCGGACGAUGACGUGCUUGAGGACAAUAAUGGCCCCCGGAGGGUGGACACCCCCAUUGUGGUCAAGAGCUACCGACCCGCCCAGGUCACCUGGAGCCAGCUGCCCGAGGUGAUGGAGUCAGGUAUCCUGGACACACUGCCCGCUGAGGAGCGCAAGAGGCAGGAGGCCAUCUUUGAGAUCCUCACCUCGGAGUUCUCCUACCAGCAUAGCUUGGGCAUCCUGGUGGCCAAGUUCCUGCAGUCAAAGGAGCUACGGGCCACCAUGACCCAGACGGAGCACCACCAUCUCUUCUCCAACAUCCUGGAUGUCCUGGGGGCCAGCCAGAGGUUCUUUGAGGAAUUGGAGCAGCGGCACAAGGAGCAGGUGUGCAUAGAGGACAUCAGCGACAUCCUGGAGGACCACGCUGAGCACCACUUCCACCCCUAUGUGGUCUACUGCUCCAAUGAGGUCUACCAGCAGCGCACCUUGCAGAAGCUGACAAACAGCAAUGCCACCUUCCGUGAAACCCUGAAGGAGAUCGAGCAGCAGCCUGUGUGCGGGGGCCUGCCCAUGAUCUCCUUCCUCAUCCUCCCCAUGCAGAGGGUGACCCGGCUGCCCCUCCUGAUGGAUACGCUCUGCCUCAAGACACAGAGCCACCCUGAGAGGUACAAGGCUGCCAGCCGUGCCCUGAAGGCCAUCAGCAAGCUAGUGAAGCAGUGCAAUGAAGGGGCACACAAGAUGGAGCGUACCGAGCAGAUGUACACGCUGCACACGCAACUCGACUUCGGCAAGAUCAAGUCCCUCCCACUCAUCUCUGCCUCCCGGUGGCUGCUGAAGCGUGGAGAGCUUUCCCUGAUAGAAGACACUGGACUCUUCAGAAAGAUUGCUGGCCGGCCAACCUCCUAUCUGUUCCUAUUCAAUGACUACCUGGUGGUGACUAAGAAAAAGAGUGAGGACAGCUAUGCAGUCCAGGACUACGCUCAGAUUGAACACAUCCAGGUCCAGAAGCUCGAACCCUCAGACCUCCCUUUGCCAGGUGGCAGUAAUCGCGCCUCCUCCGUGCCAUACCCCUUCCUGGUGACCAUGCUGCACAACAGUGAGGGCCACCAGGAGCAGCUCCUGCUCUCUGCCGACUCCGCGAGUGACCGGGCACGGUGGAUCAUGGCGCUAGAACACAGGGAGAGACAGGGGAAAGGCCAUGUCAACAAAGAAGACCUGCAGCAGGUGGAGGUCAUCAAAGCCUACUUUGCCAAGCAGGCGGAUGAGGUGUCACUGCAGCAGGCCGAUGUAGUCCUGGUCUUCCAGCAGGAGGAUGGCUGGCUGUAUGGUGAACGGCUACGGGACGGGGAGACGGGGUGGUUCCCCAAGGACUAUGCCUGCUCCAUCACCAGCCGUGUGGCCGUGGAGGACAACGUGCGCCGGAUGGAACGGCUGCGUGUGGAGACAGAUGUGUAG